CACCAUGGCUUCGGUAGGGACCGAGCCGGCUGGUCUAGCCAAGGGCAGUGCGGAUAAGGGUGCAUCUGCAAAGAAAGAGGGCCUCAAUCCAGCAAGCAACGGAGAGACGUCAGAUGGAGACAAAGACGUAGCAGCCAGGCUGGCCUCCUCUCCUGCAGCAGAGGCGAUGCUCAAUGGCACCGAAUGUGACGACACGAGGCACAAGAGCCCGACACACGGCUCCGCAACAGGCAGCAACAAGACUUUACUGUUGGCGAAUGAAAAUGGUUUGCCUGACAUGGAGCCACCGCACGGUUCUGUUACUGGAAGCAAUGGAUUCAUCCUCACGAAGCAGCAGCAGCAGCAGGAAGGCAGCUCUGCAGUGAUGCCAGGUUUGGGGGUUUCCCCUCCCAGGACUAACUGGUUGCCUUCGGGCACAUCAACAGGGGGACAUAUGGUCAAACCCCUCCCUGCCUCGGCAUCAGGGUGUGCACAGACUUCUGGUGCAUUAAGGACUGACCCCAGUACAGGGACUACGUUGGGACAGGGUAUAUCAGACACUAAAAAUGGCACAGCCCCGUCUCCUGCACCGGCUCCAGCACCCGUCACGAUACACAGAGCGCGCAAGACCAUGUCCAGACCUGCUGUCAGCCCGGCACAAAAGCUUCUUAACAGGGAAUUAAGAGAAGCAAAAAGUGCCAAAAUGGAGAAAAUGGAGACUCACGUUGCACCCGACACGCAGAAAUCCUUGCAACAGUCGUCCUCCCAGAACCAUCUACCUCAGAGUCCACCAGACACGCCAGCUUCAGCACAAACUGCGUCAUCCGCUUCACCAGCACCUCCGCCAACUCCAGCUCCUCCAGCUCCAGCCCUAACCAAGCUCCAACUAGGCUCUUACUCAGGAGGGUUGUCAUCCCGUAAGAAGAAGAGGAGGAUGGGAACAUACAGCCUGGUUCCCAAGAAGAAAACCAAAGUGCUUAAGCAGAGAACUGUGCUUGAAAUGUUUAAGGAACUACAGCAGUCUGCCAAGAGCCCACAGACUAAAGAGGUAGCAAACAUAAAUGGGGAGAAGGUGGAAAAUGCCUCUGAGGAGGAAGAGUCGGAGGAGGUGGAGUCUGAGGAAGAGGAAGGUCAGCAGCCAGCAGAAGGACCUGUCCUUGCUGUUCAGGCAGCAACAUCUGAAACCAUCUCUCAGGUGGGAGAUGAUCAGGAGUCUGAAGAGUCUGGAGAAGAAGAGGGAGAGGAGGAGGGCACAGAGUCCGACAUGAGCACAGAGUCGAGUCAGAAGAAGAAGUUGAAAAAGAAAACAAAAGGAGACAGCGCGUGGCUCAGGCCGUCCAGGAAACGAAAGAGGAGGAUAAAGGCCAAAGACCUGGAGGUGGUGGCUCAGCCUCAGGCUUCAGCUCAGGCCCUGGCAGAUGAUGGGAAGGAGUACACACACAUUCUCCCCCCUGAGUCUGUCAACCUCAACAAGCCCCAAGAGCCGGCGGUUCCCUCUCAAACAAACAAAGGCGUUUCAGGGUCAGCGGUCGAGGAGGCUCAGGAGCUUCCUCUCUGCAGCUGCCGCAUGGAGACGCCCAAGAGUCGAGAGAUUCUCAUCCUGGCUGACAGGAAGUGCAUGGCCACGGAGAGCGUUGAUGGACAGCUGACCCGCUGCCAGGGGGCUGUGCUGAAACAUGAGAUGAUGCGUCCCUCCAAUUCUGUCCAGCUGCUGGUUCUGUGCGAGGACCACCGCAACGGCAUGGUGAAGCACCAGUGCUGCCCCGGCUGCGGCUUCUUCUGCAGGGCUGGGACCUUCAUGGAGUGCCAACCAGACGUCAGCAUCUCUCACCGUUUCCAUCGCGCUUGUGCCUCGGUGCUGAAAGGUCAAAGUUUCUGUCCCCACUGCGGAGAGGAGGCCAGCAAGGCCAAGGAGGUCACCAUCGCCAAGGCCGACACCACCUCCACUGUGCCUGCCGCACUCGCGCACGGUCCUGCCACACCUGGGGCCCCCGAGGGCAGAGCGGACACCACCACCGGCAGCUCUUCCCGUCUGGCCGUCGGGGCUGAGGCCAGCGGCCGGGCCGACAGCUCACUGUCUGUUCGUUCUGCGCAGGAAUUCGACCCCUCUGCUGUUCCUGGGUCGUCCAGGACUGCAACACUGCAGACCAGUAUGGGAACAACAGGCUCACCAAUAGUUCCUCCAGGACCACCCAGAGAAACCCUAGAGAGCAUCCUGGUAGCUCUCGACACAGAGAAGCCCAAGAAGCUGCGCUUUCACCCCAAGCAACUUUAUCUCUCAGCCAAACAGGGAGAGCUCAAGAGGGUCUUGCUCAUGUUGGUGGAUGGCAUCGACCCCAACUUUAAGAUGGAAUCCCAGAACAAACGCACACCACUGCACGCAGCCGCUGAGGGAGGACACAAAGACAUCUGCCACAUGCUCGUACAGGCCGGUGCAAACUUGGACAUGUGUGAUGAAGAUCAGCGGACACCGCUGAUGGAGGCCUGUGAGAACAACCACAUGGAGACGGUACUGUACCUGCUGAGGGCCGGAGCCAGCGCCUCACACAAGGAUGUUGAAGGGUUCACGUGUCUCCACCUAGCAGCGAAGUCUGGCCAUUACAACAUUGUUGAGCACCUUCUGAACACAGGACUGAUCAACAUAAACUGUCAGGAUGAUGGAGGGUGGACGGCCAUGAUCUGGGCGACAGAGUACAAACACGUGGACCAGGUGAAGCUGCUUCUGUCCAAAGGAGCCGACAUCAGCAUCAGGGACAAGGAAGAAAACAUCUGCCUUCACUGGGCGGCGUUCUCUGGCAGUGUGGAGAUCGCCGAGCUGCUCCUGAACGCUCACUGUGACCUGCAGGUUGUCAACAUCCACGGAGACUCUCCCCUACACAUCGCUGCUCGAGAGAACCGCCUGGAUUGUGUCUCGCUCUUCCUGUCUCGAGGAGCGGAUGUGUUUCUGAAGAACCGGGAGGGGGAAACUCCUCCGGACUGCUGCAGCCACAACUCAAAGGCCUGGGCGGCUCUGCAGGCCAACAGGAGGGAGAGGGACGCCAAGAACAUGAGGCUCAGUCAAGCAGAGGAAAAAGUCCUUCACAGUGAUAUAGCUCUGGGCCAGGAGAGAGUUCCCAUUCCCUGUGUCAACUCUGUUGACAGUGAACCUUAUCCAGACAACUACAAGUACAUCCCUGAGAACUGCGUCACCUCCCCCAUGAACAUCGACAGAAACAUAACACACUUACAGUACUGUGUUUGUAAAGAGGAUUGUUCGGCAAGUAUCUGCAUGUGUGGACAGCUCAGUCUACGCUGCUGGUACGACAAGAGCGGCCGUCUUCUCCCUGAAUUCUGCCGCGAGGAGCCUCCCCUCAUCUUUGAGUGCAACCAUGCGUGCUCCUGUUGGAGGACCUGCAAGAACCGCGUCGUGCAAAAUGGACUCAGGACCAGGCUUCAGCUCUUCAGGACCAGUAAGAAGGGCUGGGGUGUCCGGGCCCUUCAGGACAUACCGCAGGGGACCUUUAUAUGCGAGUACGUAGGGGAGAUCAUCUCAGAGGCAGAAGCAGAGAUGAGGCAAAAUGAUGCUUACCUGUUCAGUCUGGAUGAUAAGCCACAAGACUUGUACUGCAUCGAUGCCCGUUUCUAUGGAAACAUCAGCCGCUUCCUCAAUCACAUGUGCGAGCCCAACUUGUUUGCCUGUCGAGUGUUCACAACGCACCAGGACCUUCGUUUCCCACACAUCGCCUUCUUCGCCAGCGAAAACAUCAAGUCUGGAGAGGAGCUCGGAUUUAACUAUGGUGACCACUUCUGGGAAGUCAAAAGCAAGAUGUUCAACUGCGAAUGCGGCUCCUCGAAGUGCAAGUACUCGUCGGCAGCCAUGGCAUCGCUGCAGGCCGACAGUACACCGGAGGACCAGCGGCAGCCCAGCGCGUCACCUGACACCAGCUCUUCCAACAGCCCCCCCAGUCCCUCAUAAAACCCUCCUCCUGACACUAAGCUUCGCUACACGUACAGGACUGUGUCCAUUCUCCAUGAACUUUGAACUUUUAUCAGUGAACUUGUACUGUAUCUCCACUUCUUAUGAAAUGACCAUGGACCAUAGACAACAACAAAAACAACAACAACAACAACAGCAACAACACACACACACACACGCACACACA